AUGGAGUUAUAUUAUGAUAAACAUGUUAUAAUAGAGUUGUAUCAUGAUAAACAUGGUAUACUAGAGUUAUAUCAAGAUAAACAUGUUAUAAUAGAGGUAUAUCAUGAUAAACAUGUGGUAAUAGAGGUAUAUCAUGAUAAACAUGUUAUAAUAGAGUUAUAUCAUGAUAAACAUGUUAUAAUUCAGUCAUAUCAUAAUAAACAUGUUAUAAUAGAGUUACAUCACGAUAAACAUGUUAAAAUAGAGUUAUAUCAUGAUAAACAUGUUAUAAUAGAGUUAAAUCAUGAUAAACAUGUUAUAAUAAAGUUAUAUCAUGAUAAACAUGUUGUAAUAGAGUUUUUUCACGAUAAACGCUAUAUAGUAGAGUUAUAUCAUGAUAAACAUGUUAUACUAGAGUUAUAUCAUGAUAAACAUGUUAUACUAGAGUUAUAUCAUGAUAAACAUGUUAUAAUAGAGUUAAAUCAUGAUAAACAUGUUAUAAUAGAGUUACAUCACGAUAAACGUGUUAAAAUAGAGUUUAAUCAUGAUAAACAUGUUAUAAUAGAGUUAUAUCACGAUAAACAUGUUAUAAUAGAGUUUAAUCAUGAUAAACAUGUUAUAAUAGAGUUAUAUCAUGAUAAACAUGUUAUAUUAGAGUUAUAUCAUGAUAAACAUGUUAUAAUAGAGUUAAAUCAUGAUAAACAUGUUAUAAUAGAGUUACAUCACGAUAAACAUGUUAUAAUAGAGUUACAUCACGAUAAACAUGUUAAAAUAGAGUUAUAUCAUGAUAAACAUGUUAUAAUAGAGUUAAAUCAUGAUAAACAUGUUAUAACAAAGUUAUAUCAUGAUAAACAUGUUAUAAUAGAGUUAUAUUAUGAUAAACAUGUUAUAAUAGAGUUAUAUCAUGAUAAACAUGUUAUAUUAGAGUUAUACUAUGAUAAACAUGUUAUAAUAGAGUUAUUUCAUGAUAAACAUGUUAUAAUAGGGUUAAAUCAUGAUAAACAUGUUAUAAUAAAGUUAUAUUAUGAUAAACAUGUUAUAUUAGAGUUAAAUCAUGAUAAACAAGUUAUAAUAGAGUUAUAUCAUGAUAAACAUGUUAUAAUAGAUUUAUAUCAUUAUAAACAUGUUAUAAUAGAGUUACAUCACGAUAAACAUGUUAAAAUAGAGUUAUAUCAAGAUAAACAUGUUGUAAUAGAGUUAUAUUGUGAUAAACAUGUUAUAAUAAAGUUAUAUUAUGAUAAACAUGUUGUAAUAGAGUUAUAUUGUGAUAAACAUGUUAUAAUAAAGUUAUAUUAUGAUAAACAUGUUGUAAAAGAGUUAUAUUGUGAUAAACAUGUUGUAAUAGAGUUAUAUUGUGAUAAACAUGUUAUAAUAAAGUUAUAUUAUGAUAAACAUAUUGUAAUAGAGUUAUAUUGUGAUAAACAUGUUAUAAUAGAGUUAUAUCAUGAUAAACAUGUUAUAAUAGAGUUAUAUUGUGAUAAACAUGUUAUAAUAGAGUUCUAUCAUGAUAAACAUGUUAAAAUAGAGUUAUAUCAUGAUAAACAUGUUAUAAUAGAGUUAUAUUGUGAUAAACAUGUUAUAAUAGAGUUAUAUUGUGAUAAACAUGUUAUAAUAGAGUUAUAUUGUGAUAAACAUGUUAUAAUAGAGUUAUAUCAUAAUAAAUUAUUUUACAUGUAUUAA